AGUUGUUAUCAGGUUCUUUCUGCCUCAGCGCGAGCUGUCGCGUGCGUCCAUUUAUUUAAUAAAAAAAGAAGCUUUCGGAAUUCCAGUUUUUCACCAACGUUAAAAACAGCAUUUAUAGAAUGAAGAGACGAUCCCUGUGAAAACUUAAAAAGAUUUAUUUAUGAAUUUGUGAGGAUUUAUUAUCAACACGUUUCAGAUGUCCUACUGUUAAACUACUAAAACAGAGGAUUAUUCUACAAAUGUACUACCUUCUUGAUUUCAAUGGUCCCAUCUUUCCAAGGAUAUACAGGAGUGACUUAGAAUGGCAUACAAUGCUUUGCUGAGUUGUUUGUGUUUUAAAUGCAUUUUAUAAUGUGGGUGCAUUUCAUUUCUAACAAGGAGAAAACUUUAUGGAUAACUCUAUGCUGAAACAAAUAAUUCUUCAACCAUGGUAAAACUUGCUAACCCACUGUAUACGAAGUGGAUUCUGGAAGCUAUACAGAAGGUUAAGAGACAGAAGCAGAGGCCAUCCGAAGAAAGAAUUUGUCAUGCAGUGUCGGCCUCACAUGGAUUAGACAAGAAGGCUGUUCUAGAACAAUUGGAAUUAAGUGUUCUUGAUGGCUCCAUUCUUAAAGUAACAAACAAAGGUUGUGCAUCCUAUAAAGACCCAGAUAAUCCUGGGCGGAUUUCACCCCUUAAAUCGGCAACCUUUCCUAUAUCCUUAAAGGGAUCUAUUAGAGCCACUGGGGAUCUUCGAAAUGUGGAUUGGAAUAAGAUACUGAAGAGAGCCAUUGAAGGUCUUGAUGAUCUCAAUGGUUCUUCAUUGAAGAACAUAGAGAAAUAUCUUCGAAGCCAGGAUGAUUUGUCAAAUGUGAUUGACAGCCCGGUAUUUCAACAACGUUUACGUUUAGCAGCGAAACGAGCUGUUAAUAAUGGGAGAUUAUUCAAGGAUGGACCACUUUACAGGAUGAACUAUGGAAGUGUGGAAAGAAUGGGAUCUAAAUACACUUGUGCUUCCACUUCAUUGCUCCCAUCUGUAACCCUUCUCCCCCACGAGAAAGACCAGCUCCGAGCUGACCCAAUCCCAAUAUGCAGUUUCUGUUUAGGAACAAAAGAGUCAAAUCGUGACAAAACUCCAGAAGAGCUUCUGUCCUGUGCAGACUGUGGAAGUAGUGGUCAUCCAACAUGCCUGAAGUUCUCUCCGGAGCUGACCAUCAACGUAAAGGCUUUACGAUGGCAGUGUAUUGAAUGCAAGACUUGUAGUGCCUGUCGAAUACAAGGCAAAAAUGCAGAAGACAUGCUUUUCUGUGACUCUUGUGAUCGAGGGUUCCAUAUGGAGUGCUGUAACCCACCACUUUCAAGAAUGCCAAAAGGAUUGUGGAUCUGUCAGGUCUGCAGGCCAAAGGAAAGGGGAAAAAGACUUCUGCAUAAAAGAGCAGCCCAGAUCAAACGACGAUAUGCAAAACCAAUAGGAAGACCCCAAAAUAAACUCAGACAGCGAACACUGUGUGCAACCACCGGCGAGGGAUCCAUGAUAGCACUUGCAGGAAGGGGGUCACCUGGUAGGGGUCAAAAGAUUAAAGUCUGUACCACACCUUCAUCUGGUCAUGCUGCAUCUGUGAAGGACUCAAGCAGCAGAUUGGCUGUAACAGACCCCUCUCGGGCGGGUGAUACCACCAAACUCACCACCACCACCACUUCUUUCACGUCCACAUCCACCUUCUCUAAACUUAAAGUUAACAAGAAAACCAAAGGUCUCAUUGACGGCCUUACAAAAUUUUUUACACCAUCACCUGUUGGCCGCAGGUCACGUGGCCAAAUAUUAGACUUCUCAAAGCACUACCGACCGAGGAAAAAGGGCCCUCAGAAACUAUCAUGCACUUCUCAUUCCAGCACGAUGGGAACAGGUACCACUCAAAAGCUAACACUCUGUGCACUCCCACCCCCUCCCCCACUGCCUGGAAAUAGCCCCAGUUCACAGAAAUCCAACAAUUCCACCUCUGCUAACUCCCCCCAGAGCUCUUCCAGCCUGUCUAGUGUUCCCUCCUUUAGUAGCCUUUCUAAUAACAACCAGCUUAAGGGACUUUUUGAUGGACUUUCUCAUAUCUAUACUACUCAGGGACAGUCUCGAAAAAAGGGACACCCUAGUUAUGCACCACCUAAGCGUAUGCGACGUAAACCGGAUUUGUCUUCCACAUCAAAAUCCUGUCCCCAGCUUCAUGGAAAGAAAGAUAGUAAAAAUAGGUUAGUUUCCCAUUCCUCCUCCUCUGGGUGGGGGAUAUCAAGAGGACAUGCUUUUAAGACAGUUCAUUUCAGACGAACUUCUUUCCUCAAAAAGCACAGGAUGCUAGGCAGAUUAAAAUAUAAAGUGACCCCUCAAAAGGGGACCCCCUCACCAGGGAAGGGGAGCUUGGCAGACGGAAGAAUUAAACCUGAUCAGGAUCAUGCAGACAGUGAAGGCACGAAACAUUUCAAGCAGGAAAAUACAGACAUGGGUGUGGCCAGCACUAAGGAAAAUGUUACAACAGAGGAUUUAGAAAUGUUCAAGCAAGCCCAGGAACUCUCAAUGCAGAAAACUGAAUGUGCAAGCCUUGUAGACCCUGGUCGUUACCCUGCAGUAAUUGAAUUUGGAAAGUAUGAAAUUCAUACCUGGUAUUCUUCUCCUUACCCACAGGAAUAUUCAAGAUUACAGAAGCUUUACCUGUGUGAAUUUUGUCUUAAGUACAUGAAAAGUAAAAAUAUACUUCAGCGACAUUCGAAGAAGUGUGGUUGGUUUCACCCACCAGCCAAUGAAAUCUAUAGAAAGGAUAACCUUUCUGUGUUUGAAGUUGAUGGAAAUGUAAGCAAAAUCUUCUGCCAAAACCUCUGCUUGUUAGCCAAGCUAUUUCUUGACCACAAGACUCUGUACUAUGAUGUUGAGCCAUUCCUCUUUUAUGUUCUAACUAAAAAUGAUGAAAAGGGCUGUCAUCUGGUUGGAUACUUUUCAAAGGAAAAGCUUUGCCAGCAGAAGUAUAAUGUCUCCUGCAUAAUGAUUAUGCCCCAGUGCCAAAGGCAAGGAUUUGGAAGGUUUCUCAUUGAUUUCAGCUACCACCUUUCAAGACGGGAGGGACAGGCAGGAUCCCCAGAAAAGCCACUCUCUGAUCUGGGCCGUCUGUCAUACUUGGCGUAUUGGAAAAGUGUCAUAUUAGAGUAUUUAUAUUGCCACAAAGAUAAAAAUAUCAGUAUCAAGGGAAUAAGUAGAGCUACUGGAAUGUGUCCUCAUGACAUAGCAACUACUCUGCAGCAGCUCAAUAUGAUUGACAAGCAGGAUGGCAGGUUUGUAAUUAUCCGAAGAGAGAAGAUGAUUCAAAAGCACAUGGAAAAGCUGAAGGCUAAUCCCCGUCUGAAUGAAGUAGAUGCAGAGUGCCUGCGAUGGACUCCAUUAGUAGUUUCUAAUGCUGCUGUUUCUGAAGAGGAACGAGAAGCUGAAAUGGAAGCUGAGCAUUUAAUGGAACAGGCUAGUUGUUGGGAAAAUGAAGAGCAAGAGAUGUAUUCUCUAAAAAUCAACAAAAGACAACCUUCUACGAAAAUUCCUUGCAAAAAUACAUUCUUGCGAUCUCCACAGUGCCUCUCAACAAUUACAGAACGAUCUGCUGAUCAAUCUAAAGAAGGCAGUGAGGAGGAGGAUGAGGAUGAUAAUGAAUAUGAUGCCCAAGCAAGUUCACCACCCAUACUGACAAAAGCACAUUCAAUGCUGAGCUUUAAAAGAAAGAGACCUCCCAUCCCCAGAAGAAAAAGGGGUCGUAAACGUAGGCGUAUUAACAGUAGUGUUACAACAGAAACUAUAUCUGAAACAACCGAGGUUCUUCGUGAACCCUUUGAGAACUCUGAUGAGGAAUGGCCAAUGCCCCUACUAGAACCUACAUGCCAGAGGGAUGGAGAAAAUGAAGAAAAGCCAGUCAGAAAAAUCUUGAAAUACUGUUGUGGCAAGCAGAGGUACAUUAAAGCUGAAGAAAAUGACAAACAUAAAUACAGAAGUCAAGUUCAGGAGGAAGGGCAAAAUCAAGGCCUGCCAUCUAGUGGGGCUGUGUUAAAAAAGAAUAAGGAAGACAAUCCUCAACCUGUGAAGCGUAAAAAAGGUUGGCCAAAAGGAGUAAAGCGAGGUCCUCCUAAGUGGAGGCGCAAGAAGGAAAGAAAGACUGGAUUCAAGCUGAAUCUGUACACACCCCCUGAAACUCCUAUGGAAGCCGACCAUCAGGUCUUGUUAGAGGAACAGAAGGAACACCCAGAAAAAGCCUCUGCGAUCACAGAGGAAGACGGUGACCUGAGUAAAGAAACUGACCUGUUGGAUACUGAUCUUGAAAAGUUGCUCUCUGUGUCUCAGAGUCCUGAAGAGGUGCUUUCUAAAACACAGGAAGAGAAAUUUGAUGUAAUAGGGUCUCCUGAAGAUACCAACAGUCAUGAUGAAGGCCAAGAAGGUCCUGAUCGUGGAGGUAAGGACCAAGAAGAAACUGAGAAUGUAGCUGAACAGCAGGAGGAACCUGCCCCUGCAGGGGAACAUGAGGAGGAAGAUGAAGAUGAAGAGGAACCAGUGCAUAACGAAGAUCAUGAUGCUGAUGAUGAAGAUGACAGCCAUGUAGAUUCAUCAGAGCUAGAAAAGGAAGAGGCUUCUGUCUUGGUAUUGAAGGAGCAGCCCGAGUGUCGGCAACCUUUUUUAGACAUGAAUGUUACAGCCAGUGCUGUGCAAAAUGAUCAUAAGGAUGAUACUAUUGUGAACUGUGGUGGAGAUCUUCCAGCUGAUAUUGAUAAUGAUAAUGAUGAUGAUGAUGAUGAUAAUGAUAUUGCUGCUGAUUCUGAACAUGCUGUUGAUUCUGAGUGUGAAGGUGAAAAUAGUCAUGACCCUGACCAAAAGGAAAGUGAAGCAUUGAGCCCUGUUAUAAAAGAUGGUCCCACUGUUUAUACAGAAAUUGACACUGAAACUGUGCAGGCAGUACAGGCUCUUACCCAAGAAAGUAGUGAGCAGGAAGAUACUUUCCAAGACUGUGUGGAAACACAGGAAGCAUGUAGGAGCUUGCAAAGUUAUACACAUAUAGACCAAAGCCCUCAAAUGACAAUAAUAGAUGACUGCCAUCAGUCGGAUCAUAGCAGUCCCAUAUCAUCAGUCCAUUCCCAUCCCAGUCAAUCGGUUCGUUCUGUGACUAGUCCAGCAGUAUCGAUUCUAGAAAGCAGCUAUACACAAAUUAGCCCUGAUCAGAAUGCCAUUUCUGUGCCAUUACAAAAUAUGGAAACCAGUCCAAUGAUGGAUGUCCCUUCUGUUUCAGACCACUCACAGCAAGUUGUAGACAGUGGAUUUAGUGAUCUUGGCAGUAUUGAGAGCACAACUGAAAACUAUGAAAAUCCUAGCAGCUAUGAUUCCACACUGGGGAGCAGUAUUUGUGGAAAUAAUUCAUCCCAAAAUAGCUGCUCGUAUAAUAACAUCUCUUCCAGUAGCCUUACUCAGAACAGCUGUGCUGUGACACAGCAAAUGACAAAUAUUAAUGGAAGCUGUAGUAUGAUGCAACAGAACAGCAUUAACUCUCCUCAGAACUGUAGUGUUAAAUCUCCACAAGGAUGUGUCCUAGAAAGACCAACCAGCAUCCAGCAGCAGUUGCCACAGUGUGGCUUGUCUAACAACUUUACAUCACCAAUGCAACUGACAGAUAUUUCUGAGUCCACUCCAAAUAUCGGAAUUUAUGAAAGGAUGGGCCAAAGUGAUUAUGGUGGUUGUCAUUAUCCACAGCCAUCUGCCACUUUUAGCCUUGCAAAACUACAGCAAUUAACCAACACACUUAUGGACCAUCCAUUGCCUUAUAAUCAUUCAGCUUCUGUCACAUCCUAUGCAAACAGUGUAUCUCUAUCUUCACAGCUUAGUAACACAGGCCUUGUUUCUUUAUCUCAGUCUCCACAUUCUGUCCCUGGAGGACACCAAGCACAGGCUACAAUGACACCUCCACCUAACCUUACCCCACCCCCAAUGAAUCUUCCUCCUCAACUACUGCAGCGUAACAUGGCAGCUCCAAACAUGGGACUCCCACCCUCCCAGAGACUUCAGACUUCAAUGCCAGGCAAAAGUCAUGUUUCAAUGCGCUCUAAAUCAGCUCCUUUGUCACCUCAUCAGCAACAGAUGUAUGGAAGGGCCUCGCAGACUGUAGCCAUGCAGGCACCUGCAAGGACACUAGCCAUGCCUCGAAUGAAUAUGGGUGUAAACCUAAUGCCUGCGCCAGCUUACAAUGUCAACUCUAUGAACAUGAAUAUGAACACUCUGAAUGCUAUGAAUGGGUACAGGAUGUCUCAACCAAUGAUGAACAGUGGCUACCAUGGAAACCAUGCGUACAUGAAUCAAACAGCACAGUACCCUAUGCAGAUGGGAAUGAUGGGAACUCAGCCAUACCCCCAGCAGCCCAUGCAGGGCCCACCACACAGCAACAUGAUGUACACUCCACCAGGCCACCAUGGUUACAUGAACACAGGCAUGUCAAAACAAUCUUUAAAUGGAUCCUUCAUGAGGCGUUAAAUGUACCAUGUUAUUUACUAUUUAUAAGUGCAUUUCAUCUCAAAAUGCACAACUAUGCCUAGAGCAUCACUUUUUGAAAACCAGCACUUGGUGUGAAUGCAAAAAAAGUCUUUGUGAAGGCAUUUUUUUUUUUUUUUUUUUUUUUUAAAUAGAAAGCCUUACAUCAUCAAAUAAUGAUGACUUUUCUUUGUUGAUUUCAUAUGUUAUACUCCUUUGAUGAAUGAAGCCUAAGUUAUUAAAUUGUGGCAAAGAAGGCUUCAGCAGUUGGACUGCAUUUGUGUGGCAGACCUAUGUAAUGAAGCUAUUUAAUGUGCCUGCUACAACUGUAAGAUUUUUGGACAUUACAGCCUUUUAAAGAAAACUAUCCAGAAGUUCUGAGUUUGUGUUCCAUUCUUCUGCCUUUAUAUAUUUAAGUUAUUGUAAAAUUAAUUUUAUUAUUUUUUUGUUUGUAUUGUGGUAUGGUGACACAUAGCAUGCUACAAAGUCUUUGUUAGUGACAGUGCAUAAGAUUGUACUGUACAAGUGCUGUGCUUAAUAGCAAGCCAUUUUUAAAAUGAUUGGCCUUGGAUUAGGUUUCCCCAGUAUGGGAGUAAGAUGAAACUAUAUUUUUGUUAUUUCUAAUACUGUAAAAAUGUAAAACUUAGUCCUGUUUCAGUUAAGUUUGAAAUGUUUUAUUGCUACAUGUGUAUAAUUCUGUACUUUUGUAACAAAAUUCUUUAAAUGAGGCAGCUUUCUGUUUUAUAAAUGCAAACUGAUUUCUGUCUAAAUAAUGAAGCGUAUCUCAGUGUUUGUACCAGUUCAGUUCUAAAUCAUUUCAAAGAACAUGUCCAGGAUUUAAAAAAAAGAAAUUUAGUCUUUAGUAAAUUUAGUCUAAAGUUGCUCUUUUACAAAAAUGCCUUUAACCUUACAUUUUCAUUCCAUCUGUAGAUUUUUUUAUCUUUAUAUAAAAUGUUGGAGUUAUAUUUUACAAAAACAUAGGGCAGUAGCCUGUGAAUAGACCAAUCUAAGCUAGCAAAUCGCAUGUAAAAAGCAAAUUGUAUUUGUGUCUGUUUAUAUUGCUUUUUUGUAGCCUUUGUACCUGUACAGAUUGACUGCUGGGAAUGAGAAGGAAAGCUGGAUAUGUGUAAAAAAUAGAACAGAAUGAAAGUCCUGUAUUUAUCGGUUAUCUUUUUAGUCAGUCUCUUAAAACAAUACACAAAAAAUACACAAAAAAAGCUGUACAUUUUUAACAUAAAAUAAAUUAUGAUGAGCCAUUCUUGGACUUCUGUGAUUAGUACUGGUUUACUUUUUUAUGUUUAUGAAAUACAAAUCUUUGUUCCAUGUAAUUUCUAGAAGUACAGAUGAAAAUAUUGUUAUAUUCCUCUAAAAAUAACUGGAUUUCUUUUAAAAAAAGUAAUUGUAAAACAAAACAAAAA